UUGCGUUUUUUUCCAUAUUCACGGGGGUCUUGUUCCCCUAACCCUAGCGAAUAUGGAAGGACAACUGUAUAUAUAUUUGUGUGUGUGUGUUAUUGAUUUGAUAAUGUAAAUAAGUAGCCAGAAUCAGUGCAAAGAAUCAUGCUUUAAAUUACUUACACCUACUUCUCAAGACAAUAUCUGUCAGGAUGUGCAAGUCAGCACAGUAAGUUGUGACUGGAUGAAAGUGUAGCAAAUGGUAGGCGUAACCAGAAUAAGGUAAGCCUGCAAUUACUAAAUGAGAGGGCAAUUGGUCAUAUAGGCCAGGUGGCUAUCAUAGCCAAUCUGCAGACUAUAACUGCUUUGCAAGUCUGCUGGGGGCAUACUGGUAUUUUUUUGUUCUUUGUGCUGUUGGAGUAUAUAGGGACCUUCAUGCUGGCUGACUGCUCUCCAUGAUUGUACAUGCUGCUGGGACUGGUAAUGCUGUUCACUACUGAGUAGUAUGCUGAUAUACUAGAAGCUGUACUAUGUUUAUUUUUGCUCUUUUGUACUGAGCCAUUCUACUGUGGUUUUUGCUUCAAUUUUAUGACUCUGCUGAGUAAAGCUCUAUUUUUGUUAAUGUACCUCCAAGACUCUGCUGUUAUUUUUUUUUUUUAACCUCAACACACAUCCUAACAAUAUCAUCAUCUACAAAUGUGGAAGCUUGGGUGAUCAAGCCAGUGGACUCCAGAGAACUUUUAACAGAUUCAGACGGAUGAAUGACAACGAAUCUGCAAAUCCCUCAAAUGAAGAGAGGAGCACAAGGCACUACAGUUUUCCCAGGCAACCCACUAAGAUAUGGUGCUACCCCAUUUCAAAGUCAGCCUAUUGUCACUCCAGCUAUAACUUGGAUGCCUGCUCCACCUAUACCUGCUAAAUGCCCUCCUGGCUUGGAAUAUUUAACUCAGAUUGACAAGAUAGCAGUUCAUCAGCAGAUUGAGAUUUUGGAAAUUAUAAGUGGCUAUGAAACUUGCAACAGAUAUGAAGUAAAAAACUCUAUGGGGCAGAUGGUAUACUUUGCAGUUGAAGAAAAUGAUGACUACAACCUGAACUGUUAUGGACCACUGCGGUCAUUCACCAUAAAGCUCUUUGACUGUACAAUGCAACCAGUCAUGCAGUUGUCAAGGGAGUAUCAAUGUGCAAUUUGCUGCUGUCCUUGUGUUUGCUGCUUGCAAGAGUUGGAAGUUCAGGCCCCACUGGGCACAGUCAUUGGCUACAUUAAGCAGAAGUGGCACCCCUGUCUGCCUAAAUUUGCUAUCCAAAAUGUGGCCAGGAAAGAUGUACUUAAAAUGGCUGGGCCUUGUGUGCCAUGUCGCUACUACAGCGAUGUUCAUUUUGAGGUGAAAACACAAGAUGAAAAAUCGACAAUCGGAAGGAUUUCUAAGCAAUGGACUGGACUAGCAAGAGAGGUUGCUAUAGCAGCUACCAACUUUGAAAUCGAAUUCCCAUUGGAUCUUGAUGUUAAAAUGAAAGCCCUUAUUCUUGGCUCUUCAUUCCUCCUUGAUUUCAUGUUUUUUGAACAAAGACAGAGAAGACAGCAGCAGAGUUAACACAACUGACUUUUGUGACUUGCUGGCUUCAGAGAAAAUCCUCCUGUUGCUUCUCUUCUUGUUUGGCUGACAGGGAAUUCCAAGCCUGCUGAUAAUGAGAGAUUUUCAUGAAAAGAACUGAUUUUGGCAGCCUGGGCUUAUAGCUGCAGUUUUUUUGUGCUGUCUGUCUGUCUGUCUCUCUGUGUGUGUCAACAUCUUAAGAAUAAUCCAUAUAUUGAAAUGUAACCUGACUUUAUCAUUCCCAAAACUUUAUUGGCGUAAUGCCUUUUCCAGGCCAACCAAAAGCUCGUUAAAAUGUGUGAAUCUUUGGGAUCUCCAGAUCUCUGCACCAGACACAAUGUGACAAAAAGCCAGAAAGAGUAAAGAAGAAAAAUAAGCUAA